UAAACGUCAUCGUCGUUGAUGAGUCAACAGUGUUCUAAUAUUUUGAUGAGUGGGUGGCCUCUGAAUUUUGACAGAAACAUCGGAAGCGAAUUCAAACGAGAUUUGUGAAAGAUCUGCGCGUGGAGCACAGGAGCUAAGAUACAUGUAGCCCUGCGUUGCAACCAAAGUCCCUAAGGCUCUUGCCUUUUCGGCCUUUUUUUCCACUGGUACCCAACGCCACCGGUUCACCAUGCCUGAGCUAACCAGUGAGGAGAUGACGACGCGGCUGUAUGACCGCUUCGUCCAGGCCGGUACCUUCCAGUCGUGCAUGGCUUCGUUCAGUCAGCUGUGCAAGCAUCUAGGGCUUGACCCCAGAGAACAAAAGAAUUUCUACCAUCAGUUCAAGUCUAAGGUGGGGACGUGGCAGGCCAAGUCACUUUGGGUCAAACUGGAUAAGAGGUUUAACCGGAAGGAAUACAAGAAGGGAAAAGCAUGCUCAAAUACAAGGGUUCUAGUCAUCGGUGCUGGACCUUGCGGCCUGCGCACAGCCAUCGAGUGCGCCAUGCUGGGAGCCAAGUGCAUCGUCAUCGAGAAGAGGGACAGCUUCUCGCGGAACAACGUCCUCCAUCUCUGGCCGUUUCUCAUCACCGACCUCAAGAAUCUCGGGGCCAAGAAGUUCUUCGGCAAGUUCUGCGCCGGUGCCAUCGAUCAUAUCAGCAUCAGGCAGUUACAGCUGAUUCUUCUAAAGGUCACGUUGCUCCUUGGGGUCGAAGUUCACACCAAUGUGACCUUUGAGGCACUGCAGGAACCUCCUGAAGAUCAAGACCAAGAAAGCGUGGGUUGGAGGGCCAAGCUGACACCCAUGGACCACCCCGUCUCGGAGUUUGAGUUUGACGUCAUCAUUGGUGCGGAUGGGAAGAGGAACACAUUACAAGGCUUCAAGCGCAAGGAGUUCCGGGGCAAGCUAGCCAUCGCCAUCACGGCCAACUUCAUCAACCGUCACACCACGGAAGAGGCCCGGGUGGAAGAGAUCAGCGGCGUGGCCUUCAUCUUCAAUCAGAAGUUCUUCCAGGAUCUGAAGGCCGAGACGCGAAUCGACCUGGAGAACAUCGUGUACUACAAGGACGACACCCAUUACUUUGUCAUGACGGCUAAGAAGAAGAGCCUAAUAGAGAAGGGAGUCAUUCUGGAGGAUCGCCCCGACACUGCCCGCCUGCUCGCCCGCGACAACUACAGCCACGAGAAGUUGCAGGAAUACGCUCGGGAGGCAGCCAACUUCUCCACCGAACAGCUACUGCCCAGGCUGGACUACGCCUUGAACCACUACGGACAGCCCGACGUGGCCAUGUUUGACUUCACCUCGAUCUUUCAAGCGGAGCACGCGUCCCGCAUCAUGGAGCGCAACGGCCAUCAGCUGCUCAUGGCACUCGUUGGCGACAGUUUACUCGAGCCCUUUUGGCCGACAGGUUCAGGUUGCGCUCGUGGUUUCCUUGGCGCCUUGGAUGCCGCCUGGAUGGUACGCAACUGGUCCUCCAACCAGUUGUCUCCUCCUGAGGUGAUCGCCGAGCGGGAGAGCAUCUAUCGUCUUCUGCCCCAGACGACCCCGGAGAACCUGAGCAAGAUCUUUGAGCAGUACACCCUUUCGCCCACCACGCGCUACCCGCACGUCAACCUCAAGGCCGCCGCGCCACACGAGGUGCUGCAUCUGUACGACACUGACAACGAGGAUCUCAAGAAGAAAUGGGAGAAGAUUGUCCAGACGGAGAAGCAAACUCUCAAUCGAUCAGGGUCCAUAGUGAGGGGUAGUAAGCUCUUGAUGUGGUGCCAACGCGUGACCGACACCUACAAGAACGUACGCAUAGAGAACAUGACAACGUCGUGGCGUAACGGCUUGGCCCUGUGUGCAAUCAUCCACCGAUACCGGCCACACCUCAUAGAUUUCCAUUCCCUUCGUGAGGAAGACGUGGUGCAGAACAACCAGCUGGCCUUCGAUUUGUCCGAGCGAGAGUUUGGAAUCAGUCCCACGAUGACCGGCAAGGAGAUUGCGGCGAUGGAUGCCCCGGACAAGCUGACCAUGGUGGCCUACAUCUCCCGAUUCUACGACCUCUUCAGGGACGAACUACCUCCUCCUUUGAAACCCAGCCUGGCCAAAAUUGAGGAGGUGCCCACCCACGCCAAGUCGCCGGUCGCCAAGUCCUCGUUUCUCUCCAGAAUCUCAAACAAGCUCCGGCACAAGAAGUCUCACCAUGGCAACAAGGAGAACGAGGAAGGGCUGAGCCCUGUCAACGCCAAGAGACCCAAGAUCAAAGAAACACCGGAGGAGGCUUUACAGAAAAUCCGCGCCGCAAACGUGGAGGCCCGCAUGAAGGAGCGAAUCCUUGAACAGACCAACGCCAGGCAGGCAAGCAAGGCCAUUGACGCGUCGGAGUUCCCCGCGGGAACCAACCGCGUCAGUGGAUUGGCUGAGCAACUCACGGCCCAGUUCCGCACGCUCGCCGGUCUGACCGUGACUGAUGACAACAGGCCCAUCAACAGACCUAAAUUAAAACCCUUUGAGCCAAGCAAGACUGGGAACAGCGAUGUAUGCUUCUUCUGUGACAAGCGUGUGUACGUCAUGGAGAGAUUGAGUGCAGAGGGCCUGUUCUUCCACCGAGACUGUUUCCGCUGUCAGCACUGCGAGACGACGCUCCACGUUGGCAACUACGUGUUCUCAAGAGAAACGGACGGCAAAUCCAAGGGCAAGUUCUUCUGCCGAAUCCAUUACCUUGCCACUCUCGGCAAGGAAGUACCCAGGGGAAACAGAAAACGACCACUGGAUGAGGUGGAUCAUCCUUCGUUACCCAAGUCACCUGUUAUCACAACCAUUCCUGAGGACAGUGAGAUUCCAGCCAGCGUUCCUACCCCCAAAGACGUCAACCUGCUCUCGGAGCCAAGCCUGAAGCGAUACCGCGCCACCCCGGAGCGCAUAGAGCUUGAAAACAUGAGGGCGUGUAUAGCGGCCGGUGAUGUCGAAGUCACGGAAGAAGAAAUAGCCAAGUACAACCUGGGUACCUCAUUGGUAACCUCUGGAGAGGAGGAUGAGUCCUCAGAGAGUGAUUCAGAACUGCGCGAGGAGAGGUCUGGCUCUAUCAAGACCUUGGAAGGAGAAGAUGAUGAUACUGAUGAUGACGAAGACGAUGAUGAUGAUGAUGAUGAUACUGAUACUGAUGAGUAUAGCUCGGAUUUUGAUUCCUAUGAUGAGGAGGAUGAUAGUGAUGAGGAAAGUGACGAAUGCAGCGACGAAGAUGAUGAUGACGAUGAAGAUGAGAGUGAACAGAACGUCGCUCAGAAGGAGGAGCCGCGCUACAACCACGUCUCAACUGUGGUCAGUCUCAAACAGAAGUGGUUGGACGACAUGAAGGCCCCGGCCAUGAAACCCUGGCGUCCGCCGGAGGAGAUCCUGGCCGAGCAACAGCGGGAAGAAGAAGAGCGGCGGAAGGCUGAGGAAGCCAGGCUAGCUGAGGAGGAGAGGAUGAGGGAAGAAGAGAGGCAGAGGCAGGAGGAGGAAGAAAGACGAGCCAAGGAUGAGGAGGAAGCCAGGAGGUUGCAGGAGGAACAGGAUCCAGUGGCAAAGACACCGGAAGCGCCAAGGCCCCCCAUGCUGCAGAAGAGCGCCAGCAAGCUCAAGAUGAACCUGGAUGCCUUGUCGCAGCAGUAUGCGGAUUAUGAGGAGGAGUCCAACACACCAGCUGUUGUAAAAACCAACCCCGAGGGACUUGUAGGGCUGACGGACGAUGAGAAGGCAGCAUCGAUGCAAGGAACAGAGAUGGGUUGGGACGAAGGAACUGAAAUGAAAGGCGAUUGGUUGCUAAGUGGCGAGGAGGAGGAUGAAGUUAGUUCGGAAGUAUCUGAUGAUGAGGACUUGUCGUCGGAUGAAGUCUUCGAGAUGGGAAUUGAUCAGCCAUCUCAGAAUACAUCAAAGGAAACUAACAAAGCAACUUUUGACGAAGAUGGUGAAAUCAUCAAGAGUCCGUUGUUUCAGAGUGAAACACCAAGCACCUUGCCAGACAGGACUUAUGGAAAUGCACAUAAAUAUAGAAAUACUGACAAGCAAAGUGACCCAUUUGCCGAGGAAGACACGCGGCCACGGACAGCUUCUGGAUUUUCUGACUCUAGUUUUACAAUUUCCACUCCCAGUGGUUCCUUCUCGUCAAUCUCUAUCAUAAGUAUGGAUAGUUUACGUCAGGCGGAUUCUAACCCUGUAGACUUUGUGGAUUCUCCUGGACCGGAUGCAAAGGAGGAGACCAUGGAGCUCGAUUUGACUGUGCAGGCGGCAGAGGUCUGCACACCCAAGGCUUCAGUGGCUGAUGGCAACGGCCUGGAUCUUACUGCGGAGUCCGCUGAGGUCUUCCAUGAUGCUGUGAGUGCAGACAUGGAGGAUAUUGAGCUAGAUAUGACAGUGGAAUCGGGAGAAGUAAACUCUCAAAAGACGGAAGUGUCUGUGGAUGAAGUUGAUUUAGAUCUUUCAGUCAUGUCUGGUUACCAGCAAAAUGAAGCUGUGCCUCAGCUGUCUCCAGCGAAGGAACUUGAGAUCUCCGAUAUUGGAGUCGACAUGGAUCUAGUGGCUGAGGCUGAGGCUGAGGCUUCCAUUAAGAAUGGGAAGAUUGAGUCGGAAACUGUGCCUCCAGUGCAAAUGGAGGAAGCAUUGAAACCCACCCUGACGUCUACUCCAGACGUCGUGCCGUCCACCAAGAUACGGGAAAACGGAACUGCUGCCAGUAGUGCACAACCUGCUUCAAAGGAAAAGCCAAAGUACCGUCCCAUGUAUAACAAGAGGGAUAGUGGACCUAGACUGGUCAUGUCCAGGUCAUUUUCAGACUCUUUCAAAGAGAUACCAGCACUGGAUGUCAUUAGAAAUGUUUCCAAGGUGGAGGAAAAGGAAGCGCUCUCACCAGACCAGAAUGCAAAUACCAGUAAUGGUGUAGUCUACCGUAACAAAAAGAAGCUCUUACCAGACCGGCCUGAUUCCCCAACAGACUAUGUUGUCCCUGAAGCCGCGAUACGACCAACGUCAAUAAAAAUGGACACACUUUCCGAGAAACGGGAAAGAACUUACUCGGGCAGCACAGCCCGCGACAAGGUGGUUAGGAAGAAGGGAGGGGGCUCUCCACAGAAAUUGUCCAAACGGCAGCUACCUAAAGUGCCGUCCCAAGAUAAUGGUCAAACAGGUGGGAUCACCCCGGAGGAUAGAGAGGCUGCAAAGAACAUGCUCCGCGACAAGGCAAAGAAGAACCGGGGUUGGUCUAGUUCGGGAUCUAGCACCCCCGACGUCAUCAGUCCCGUAGCUGUUGCUGUGCAGCCAGCCUGGGAAGCAAAUGGAUACCCUACAGUUCAGAUUCCUCAGGUCAGCAAGACAAGCAGCAGCAGCGACCAGUUCUUCACUCCGGAGACGGAAAACCCGCCCACCUCGGAAUACCUCACUGUCUCGCCAGGUGAGAUGUCGCCGCUCAGCGACCACUCACCGUCGCAGUUCACCGACGGCAUCCCGCAGUCGGAGUCCAAAUCUGAGGAGCGGAAGUCGCGUCUAAGCAGGCUGCGAGGGGACAUGCGCAGACGGGAUGCCUUGCGCAAAUCUCAUUCGCCAAAAGCAGAGCGCCGGUCUACGGGGAAGAAGAAAAGUAAAGGGAAGAGCAAAAAGAAGAAGUCCAACAAAUCCAAGUCAAUGUCUUCCCUCAGUGAACUGGAGGAUCGCUCUGCAGCUUAUCGAGUCGUUGACUCGACGGAGGCAUCGGUAGCCUCGCGAGAUGAGUUAUCAGCCGAGGGUGAAUUGGAUAUUCUGGGAGCAACGGCUGCACCAGCAUCAGGUCUACUGGAAGACCUUUCCAAGAUCAAAUCAACCACAACUCAGCUUCCUAGAUUAAUCCGUAAGCUGACCGUGGAUCCGGCCCUGACGGCAUCUUUAGACCUGGACGAUCUCAGCUCCUCCAGCGAGACGGAAGAAGCCCCCAAAGAUGAGGAGGCGAUGCAAGAGGACGGCAUCAGCCCCGAGACCAAGGGCAAAGGCAAGGCAAAGUCGCCCAAACGGAUGUGGGGCAAGCGAUUCAAGAGGUUGAGACAGUUUAAGGUUGUAACAAAGAAGUCCCCAAAAGUGGACGAGGAGCGACGGAAGAUGGAGGAGGAAGAGCUAAACGAAAAGCUGACCCGGCGGGUCCAGCGCGAGGCACGUCGGCAGCACCACCAGCAGCAGCUAAAGCGCCACCGCAUGGCCCAGGAGAUCCAACGCCAGUUACAAGAGGUUGAAGUCAAGCAACGAGAGCUGGAGAACAGAGGCGUGUCUGUGGAGAAAGCCCUAAGAGGCGAAGGCUCUUCUGAGGUGGAUGAGAACACCCUGAUGCAGCAGUGGUUCAACCUGGUCAACGAGAAGAAUGCCCUAGUCAGAUACGAGUCAGAGCUCAUGGUUCAGGCCCGUGAGUUGGAACUGGAAGACAGACACUGUCAGCUGGAGCAAGAACUCAGGCAGCGCAUGGCCAUCGAGGAUGGAAGCAAGACCGACCAAGAUCGUGAGGUUGAGAGGCUGCUUCUGGAGGAGAUGUUGGAAGUCGUUGAGCAGAGGGACGCUCUUGUAGCUCUACUAGAAGAAGAAAGACUCAAGGAGCGCAAGGAGGACAUGGAUAUCGAGGAGAUUAUGCUCAAGAAGGGUCUUCUGACAGCGAGAAGUGACGUGCCAAUACACGUCUGAGGUUAGCCCCAUCAGGUCUCCAUAUACUAUGCCAUUACAGAAGUUUGUAAAAGAUUUUGCUGAAGUUUUUCUUUAUGAAGCCUUACUGCAAGUGUAAUAAUGCAUAGCAUUUAAAAACUUCUUUUAUUGCACAAACUUUCUCAAAGAAGAUUAAGACUUGCUAAAUCCUGCCCCUGUCCUUUUUGCCACGCAAUUCUAGCAUUAUCAAAGGAAGUGUAAUGUCCGUGACAGAGCGAAAGAACCAUGUACCUAAUUAAUGGUUCAGAGAAAUGAUCCAAAACUCCCAGUCUGAAAUCUCUGUGACCAUUGCUAGAUGAUGGAUAUGUAAGAUUUGAAAAAUAUAUGUCUGACAUGGACAUUAAAUAAUGCUGGAAUUGGUCAUGUAUUUUAUGUGGGUUUGUUUUGGCAUACACAACAGCAGGGUUUAAUAUCGUGGAGCUGAUGAGCAGAGAAUGACAAUAUUGCUUAGCAUUAGCAAAAUUAUGUCUUAGAGAAAAUGAGACGUGAUCCAGUCAUGAGCCCGACUGUUUUACUCUAAUCUGUGUUGGUUAAGGAAAUUUGUUAAAUCGUGUCUUGGAUACCGUAGUUUCAUCUUGUUCGUUGGUCUAGAAGGGCCUCUUGUCCAGUCUGUAAAAAUGACUGUUUACUUCAUAUACACUGCAUUACAUAUUAAUUACCUCAUAUACACUGAUGAGCAUAGAAAUUAUCUCAUAUACACCGCCCUGCAUAUUUAUAUUGCGCGCACGUGAAGGGUGCGUGUGUAGGGCCUGCUACCUUCACAACAGAGAACUGCAACCUCAAUCUCAUGUAUGGCAGGAAAGCUCACAGUAAAAAAGUUUACACUGCAGUGUUUUAAUUAUUUCUUGAAAAGUGAGUUAAAAAUGUUUAUCUUUUUGGCUAAUUGGCACGACAAAACCAAGCAAUCAUUGAUACCAUAACCCUCUUCACGGCAGUCAACAAUUGUGAAAUAUACUUUCGGUCGUGAGUAAUAUAUCUGUGCUUAGUAGCCCCACGACGUUGGCCCUUGAUCCGGGACGAGUUGUUCCUACUGGUAAUAUGUAUUUAUUCCUCCAUUAGGUAGAAGGAAUAUUCAAAGUCCGUGGACUACCACAUGCCUCAUUAUCCUGUCCUUAUUUGCCCAUUGAAACUGGGAACAUGGUUGAAAACUCCAGUUUUACAUUUUGUUUGUAAAUGUUUUGAAUAUUGAAGAAAACAAAACCAGGGAAACAAGCUGUUUGUAGUUUUCUAGUGGCAACAUUUUUUUUCCUUUUUACAUACUGUAUCUAUGUCUAAAAUUACGUUGUACAGAAGCCAGCAGCAAUGCAAGUGAACCUUUUGCUAUAGAGAAUAUGGGAUCAUAUGAGGCAAUUAUUUAAAUUAUAAAUUUGCAUGAACGAUGCAACCAAAUUUAUGUUAUAUGUGUUAAUGUGAUGUUAUAUUGGUUACAUGUGUGUGUGUGUACAGGUAUGUGUAAGAAAAAUUCAGUUGAAUGUUAAUCUAGAUUUUCCACAUAUUUUGUUUUCUUCAAAUAUGCGCUUUGUUCCAAUUGUCUCAAACCCUACUUCAAAUUAUAACUUUAACAUUUCUCAUUAUUUAGUUUGAUGUCCAAAAUUAAACCUUUUGGGGAAAAUAUGCAUAACAACCGAGGCUGUCUAUUUGACCAAAAUAAUUGUGUGUAUCUUUGUUUCUUUGUUCAAAUAUUCAAAAUUAUAUUUUUCGUAAAUUGCUCAGACUGGUUAGAAUUAAUUUGAAGUUAAAACAGCUUUAUCAUUUUAAUCGCAUUAAAAGUUUCUUGCAAGUGAAUACUUAAAAAAAUAUUUUUAUCACACUGUGACAGUGCUAACAAGUGUGAUUUGAAAGUGUUCUUUGACAAUCUGGCACGUUAACUUUAAAGCUCUCACAUUACCAUAUGCUUAAUUGAUUUUACAUUGGACAGAAUGUUUUGUAAAAGUUAGUGCACCACAUUUUAUGUAAAUAUAAGUUUGUGUCUCGUAUCUUUAAAUUAUUGUCGCAUGACAUAUUGUGGAGCCUGUACAUGAAACGUUUCUGGUGCGCUGCGAAGUGUAAAAACAGAAUUUUUGUGGCAUUGAGGUGGAAAUUUACGACAACUGCACUUGAAAACCAGUGUUCGGUGCUUAACUUAUUCCAAAUCGUAAGUUUGCGCCUGUAAUGAUAUGCAAAUGUAUAACUGGCAAUAUCUAGAUUUGAACGGAAAAAAGUAUGUCAUUACAUUCCAUGUGCAUACUUUGUUUUUCUGUGUGGGCUGUUUAGUGCAAAUAGCAAAGGUCCUUAAGCGGAGUUGCUGAUAUUUUUUUUAGUGGGUUUAUAUCAUGAAUUAUUUAUUAUGUUCAGUUUUGCAUUUGUUUAUGUCCUUCCUGCUGGCUGCAUUUAGUACUCAUUUUUAUACCGCUUUGGAAAAAAAACAAAAAACAAAAAUGUGCUUUGUAUCGUUUCUUGUGCUGUUCAAUUGUUCUUAGAGUAUCGAGGUUGAGAUAAAUUUUGUCUGAAAAGGGGCAAUUUUCCAAAUUAGGAAAUGUUCCAUAUAAAAAUAUAAAACACAACUUGUUUUUAAAAGUAUACGCUGUCACUUAGCUGCAAAUCAUUUUCUUCGAAAACCAAAGAAGUUGAUUUUUUCCCAUUGUAUAGAACAGCUAUCAAAUAAGUUGUUUGUUGAACAUUCGAAUAUCAAAACUUCAAAUCUAGCGUAGGAAUAAGUUAUGAUGAUAAGCUAAAAUGUUAUUGAUUCCCGAAUUAUUUCUCUCGUAAACAGUACUAUAUGGAGUACUAACAUGACAUUCGGUAUGUUGCGUAAAUAACUGCAAGUAUUUUAAGAGCUAUAUCAAAAAAAGCGUUUUCUUUCUGGAAAGUAAAAUAGCUGAUGUAGUAAUUUAAUAUUUUCGCCUGUACCUAUUUAUUAAAAAACAUGGGCCGAAACAAAAAAGUAGUUAUGUUUCUGGAAUUGGCAUUAAAAGCAAAGAGUAAAUGGAUUGAAGAACCACAUUAUAAUGUAUUUGUAGAUGUAGAAAGAAUUUCAUAAAUGAAUAAGCAGAUUUUAAUUCACUUAUUUAACAGUCCGAUUGUGAAUUAAUAAUAAGGAAUAUGCGAAGAUUUCCAUCUUGUCAGUUUUGUACAAAGUAUUCGGUAAUAAAUAUAUUUGAAUACAAA